AUUUCUUCGCAAGUCCUCCGGCUUGUUCUAACGGUCCGCCCACGGUCACUCUGUUUGCUACCCGGUAAAAUGAGUUUUGCGCUGCAUUAAAUAGAAAAUAAACAUAAAAAUUCGCAGUUGCCGACCGCGUUGAGUGAUUAAAAGCGUUCGCCAGUGCGCGUUUGACCGAUCGGGCUCCCCAGGAAGGCGGUGGCAAGUGAAUCCAAACCCAUCAUCGAUUUUUUCUGAGCUGCUGUGCUGCUGCCUCUGCUGCUGCCACAUUAACACAGGGCCCAGAACGCAGAGAAAAGCCAAACCAAAUAAAAUAAACAGAAACAGAAAUGUCGCGCCAUCCGAGCGAUAGGAAGGUGUACGUGGGCGAUCUGGGCAACAAUGCCCGCAAGAACGAUCUGGAGUAUGUGUUUGGGGCGUACGGCAGUCUGCGCAGCGUCUGGAUUGCCCGCAAUCCGCCGGGCUUUGCCUUCGUUGAGUUCGAGAGUGCCCGCGAUGCGGCGGACGCGGUGCGCGGCCUGGACGGCCGGACGGUCUGCGGACGCCGUGCCCGGGUGGAGCUGUCCACCGGGAAGUACGCCAGAUCCGGCGGCGGUGGUGGGGGAGGAGGAGGCGGUGGCGGCGGCGGCGGAGGACUGAGCGGACGCGACCGUGGAGGAGGCGGUGGCGGCGGCGGCGGAGGUCGUGGCGACGAUAAGUGCUACGAAUGCGGCGGCCGCGGCCAUUUCGCACGCCACUGCCGCGAAAGGAAGGCCAGGCAGCGACGCAGAAGCAACUCGUUCAGCAGAUCUCGCAGCACAUCCCGUCGCCGGCGCACUCGCUCCAAGUCCGGCACCCGAUCCCGCAGUCGCUCCGCCGGUUCGGUGGGCCGUCGCUCGGGCCGCUCGAACGGACGGGACGAGAACGGAUCGGCGUCGCGGUACAGCGACCACGAGCGCAACGGCAGCGGAGCGGUAGACUCGCCGCCGCCUCCGAAGCGGCGCUACGAGGAUGAGGACGAGGACCGGGCCAGGGCAUCGCCGCGAUCACGUUCCCGUUCCCGAUCUCGAUCGGCGUCGCCGGCGGUGCGCCGUGGAUCGCCGCCCAGGCGUCGCGGCGACUCGUCCGCCUCACGAUCCGUGUCCAGGGACUAGCGACACCGAACGGAUGCAGACAAAGCCCGGCGCGUGAAGAUGAGGGCCUGAACUGCAGCCCCUGAAUCCCCGAUGAAUCCGGAAUCUGGAAUCUUCCCCUCAUUCCCAACAAACAAAACGAAACAAAAGAAAAGAAAACAUAAAAAAACAACCUCACAUGUAACAAGACAGAUUCCCAAAUACUUUUUCAUGCAGUAUCUAUCUACGGUUUAGUUGUCCAGAACCAUAUUAGUUAAGGGUUUUAAUUUAUAGUGGAACUCGAGUUUGCAUAUUUAGGUAUUCUUAUGUUCCAAAAACAACAGAAACAGCAGAAUCAGAGAAACAACAACAACAUGCACAUGCAGAACAAAGAAGAGCGCUUCGAAAAAUCAUUUGACGGAAAGAAAGAUAAAUAUAAAGAUAUAGAAAUGGAUCGGCAGCCGCAGAUUAUCGAUCUAGUCAAGUUUGCUAUGUAAAAAAUUGAUUUGCCUUGGAUUUUACUUUUUGCUAACCCUGGAAUUAUACUCGAAUGUGCAGGAGACGAAGCAUCGCCACCAUUUUCAUGUCAAUUCUACACAUUUUUCAAAUUAUACUACUCAAUACACUUGAUUAUUCGACUCCAAAACUCUGUAUGAUGUGUUUCAAUAUUCGUAAUAAUUAAGUCUUGCAACAGUGCAUAAUAAUUAUUCAUACAUUGAUGUCGUAGUUAAGUAUUAAACAAAUACAUAUGUAUGGAUUCUUGA